AUGGAAGCCAGCCACUGUCCAGAGCCGCGAGCGCACCCAUCACGCGUCGUCACCACAACACUCAACUACGCUCUGACCGAUCGGGAACAUGCUGAAGAGGUUGAGCGACUCAAAGGUCAGCUGUCACGGCUGAGAACACACAUGUUGCGGUCGGAGGAAGAGUACACGCAGCAGGUGCUGCAAGCGGACAAGAAGGUGGAGGACCUCCAGGCUGCACACGACGACUUGUUCAAGCAAAAGGAGCGUGUGGAAGCAGACAUGCAGAGCGAGCUGGAGCACGUGCAGCAGCAACUGCACGCCCUGCAGAUGCGCUUCACGGAGGCAGUGCAAGAGCGAGAUCACGUUGAGCAGCGUGUCAUUGACAUGGAGCGGGAGUUGCAGCAAGAGCGUCACGCCGCCAAGCGGCUUCAGUCUGUGCUGGCGUCGUUUGACGACGAGAAGUCCGCUGCUGUGCAGGCCAUGGUCAACAAGCACGAGCGCGAACUGCAUGAGCGCGAUGCUGCCGUUCAACGCGCGCGCGAGCAAGCAGCGGCGGCAGAGCAGGAGAAGGAGGUGCUGCAACAACAGUUGGCGGAGGCGCAGCAGCAGCUGGCGGCGCGACACGUGGAGGAAGGGGUGAUGGCGUCGCUCAAGGGCGAGAACGAGCGGCUCAAGGCGCACGCGGGCGAUUUGCACGGGCAGGCAGAGGCGGCGCGCGCGCGUGCAGAUGCACUGGGCAUCGACAAGGAGAUUCUGAAGAACGCCGUGACGCAGUACUUUACCACGGACAACAAGGCCAUGCGGGCGGAGGUGCUGCGGGUGAUUGCGGACGUGUGCGAGUUUAACAGCGAGAUGAAGGCCAAGGCCGGGCUUGGCGGUGGCAGCGGUGCUGGCGGUGGUCGUCGCGGGCUGUUUGGCAUGCUGACGGGCAGCGGGAGCGGUCAGCAGCAGCGUCGUGGUGGCGGUGAUGCUGAUGAUGAUGAUGGUGGUGGGGAUGGAUCUCUCUCCCACCAGUUUGUCAACUUCUUGCUCCGCGACGUGAAGCAGCCGCCCGUGUAG